AAAUAAGAUUCGUUUUUGCCUGAGCUGAGGUUCUUGUUUCGUUUGUUCGUGAAAUACGAAAUAUAUAUACCUACCUAAAUAAAGUUUUUUGUAGAGUUUUUUGCCGAUGCAUAUCUGAAUUAAAUAGUGGAGGCGAGCAAGAUUACCGUUACACAGCCGUAUUGAAGUGAGUGGAAUUGCCAGCUCUUGCAGCUGAUCUCGGGACAUCGUGGCGGUCGCGUAGCGAAGAGAACCACAGUGGGUCUUCGUUGGUCAGUUAGCCGCUUUUCGUGGUGGAAAGUAGUCGUGAUAAUGUUUGUUGCAGCCGCUAUUACAGCGGCUUGUUUCGCCGUCUGGAUUUAUCAUGGUUUCCUGUGGGCCGUGGCUGCUUCUAUCCUUCUAGUGCUUUUAUAUGGUGUACUUUUCCAUUCAAGAUGGUGUUAUAUUGCGAUUAAAACAGUUAAAAGAGAUACGAGGGCACUCAUCUCUUAUUUCAAAAUAUUAUGGGUGGCCUUUAAGUUUACAAGAAAAGACUGGACUAUUCCGGAUAUAUUCCAUGAUGUGGUGCGACGGCAUCCAAACAAGAGAUGCUUCUUGUUCCAGGAUGAAGUGUGGACUUUCAAAGAGGUGGAAGACUACAGUUUGCGCAUGACUGCCGUGCUCCGCUCCCAGGGCAUCGGCAAGGGCCGCAUCGUUGGCUUGCUCAUGAACAACUGCCCCCAAAUGCCUGCCAUUUGGCUGGGCAAUGCUCGUGUCGGUGCUAUCACACCUCUGAUCAACACCAACCAGCGCGGUAAUGCGUUGCUGCAUUCGAUUAAUAUUGCGAAGUGUGAUGCGCUUAUUUUCUCUGAAGAAUACCUCCCUGCCAUUCAAGACAUUUCAAACCAGCUGGAGCCAUCUCUCAAGCUGUUCAAGUUCUCGCAUCGCCCCCUCAACCCCUCUACCCCGCAACCUCCUAUAGGGGACGCCAUCGCAGACCUGACUUACUUGCUGGAAACCACCGCCCCUGCCCCCUGGACCUUGGCUGACGCCGAAGGGUUCAAUGGAAAACUUCUAUACAUUUACACAUCAGGAACUACAGGGUUGCCUAAGGCUGCAGUAAUAUCCAAUGCCAGAUUCGUGUUCAUGGUGAGCGGCAUCUACUUCAUGGGUCUGAAGAGUUCGGACGAGGUGUAUUGCCCGUUGCCGCUGUACCACACGGCCGGCGGCGUCGUCAGCGUGGGCCAGGCCCUCAUCAUGGGCUGCACCGUCGUCCUGAAAAAGAAGUUCUCCGCUUCACAGUUCUUCCCCGACUGCGCCAAAUACAAUGCCACUGCGGCGCACUACAUCGGCGAGAUGUGUCGCUACGUGCUGGCCACGCCGCCCUCGCCCGCCGACACGCAACACAAAGUGCGCAUCAUCUACGGCAACGGACUACGACCUCAGAUCUGGAAUGAUUUCAUCAAGAGGUUCAAUAUCAAGCACGUGACAGAGUUUUAUGGAGCCACAGAAGGGAAUGCGAACAUAUUGAACACGGACGGCACACCGGGCGCGGUUGGUUUCGUGUCCCGUAUCAUCCCCAAGGUGUACCCCAUCGCGAUCAUCAAGGUGGACCAGGAGACUGGGGAACCGAUCCGAGAUUACAACGGACUUUGUCAGGUGGCGGCACCGAACGAGCCCGGCGUGUUUAUCGGCAAGAUAUCUGCCAACAACCCGUCGCGGCAGUACCUGGGCUACGUGGACCGGGCGGCCUCGGCCAAGAAGGUCGUCAGGGACGUCUUCACCAAAGGGGACGCCGCUUUUAUAUCUGGCGACAUCCUGGUGGCGGACGAGCUGGGCUACCUGUACUUCCGGGACCGCACCGGCGACACGUUCCGCUGGCGCGGCGAGAACGUCAGCACCACCGAGGUCGAGGCCGCCAUCUCCAGGGUCGCCGCGCACAGGGACGCUGUGGUCUUCGGCGUUCUGGUGCCAAACAUCGAAGGUCGGGCAGGCAUGUGCGGUAUAGUGGACGCGGACGGGACUCUCGACCUGGAGCAGCUGUACCGGGACCUCACCAACGAACUCCCGGGAUACGCCAGACCUGUGUUCCUGAGGGUCAUGGCCAGCGUCGACCUCACGGGUACGUUCAAAAUGAAGAAAACCGACAUUCAAAAGGAGGGCUUCGACCCGACCCUGGUAAAGAACGACAAACUGUACUAUUUAGACACGAAACUCGGUAGGUACGUGCCCCUCGGCCCUGAGGAAUACCAGAAAAUCAACAGCGGCCAAAUUAGACUGUGAUCUGUUAGUACAUUUUUUUAUUUCGUCACAUUUUUAACAUCAUACAGAAAUGACUUGUCUCACGUGACAAAGAAAAUACAAUAAACAUGGUGGUACUUUUACCUCUAAACAACGUUUUGUAUUUUAUCUCAGUUUUAAAUUUAAUUGUUAUAUUCAAGUCGGAAAUAAAAACACGAAGUGAAAGAAAUAAAAUUCGCUAUUGCAAAUAAGUUUAUCACGACCACACAUAGCAAUCGUUGAAAUUCUAUCCCAUUUUAGCAAAGAGAAAUAAUUAAGUCUUGUAAAGUGAAAAAAAUGAGCGAAGAAAAUAAAGAGUGAUUUCUUAUGCUGCUUACAAAAAUAAAACUCACUUAUUUAAACAAUGAUAUAUAUACUUGUAUCUUGCAAGCUUCACUUGUUCCUUCUGACUUAGAAGACCACACAGUGUGGUGAAAAGUGUUUGUGUAUUUAGAUUUUUUGUUCUUCCUUCUAGUUAGCAAUACUCAAUGUACUUAAUUCGAUCAGAAAUCUCAAGGCAAAUAAUUUAUAGGCAUUUUUAUAGAAUAAUAAUUAAUCUUAUGCAUUCCUAAGAGCGCAUUUUUGCGUUAAAUAUUUACUUGUUUUGUAUUUGUAUAAGUACCUAUGUAUAAAUAAAUCACUAACCGUACUUAUGAUGUCACAAAACUUUGUUAUUAUGUUUGUUGUUACUGUGUUAUGUGACAGCUAUCUUUACUUUAAUUUCUAAAGUAUGCAUAUAUUUUCUCACUUCCGUAUUUAUAAUACAAUUGUAUGUAAUUAAAUUAUUAUUUCUUUUAUAAUUUAGGGUAUAAAAAGCAAAAGUGUACCUUUUGCUGCUUUUACUGGGAUUAGAUGGUAAUUUUAAAUUUAAUUUAUAAAAUUAUUGUUAUUUUUCGUUUGGAAAAUGAAUACUUAAUGUAAUUUGCAACUCAAUGCAAGUAAAAGUGCUAUAUGUUAAGAUUUCAGAUGUUAAAUUAUUUCAAUAUACAUAUAUUAUAUUGGUAAGAAUAAGAUAAUGAAGAAGUUUAUAAUUCUACUUCUACUGUAUGGGACUUAUGGCAAAAAAUACAGCAAAGGAAACAUGGAAGAUAUUAUUUUGCUUAUUUAAACAUUCAUAAAAUCAACCUUUACGGCUUUUAACUUUUUUUUUUAAGUGUCUAUGGCAUCUUAAAAAAUUUACUUUUAUCCCAAUUGUGGUGACGGGAAUAUGUUGUUGUAUUUUUUAAAUAUUUUAUUUAAUUUUACCUGUAAGUAGAUUAAGGAAACUGACGAAUUUCAACACAAGUAAAAUAUUGAGCUGUGUUAAACAUAGAUAAUAUUGUGUUUUAUCUUAUUGGUUAAAAAUUGUACAAAAGAAUAUUGCCGAAAAUUGAAAGCUUGUUAAAUAAAAUUAAUAUUUAUGUACAGGUCAACUAAGAAAUUUAAUUUGCUACGGGCCUAGAAUAAACAAAUCUUAAUUUACUGCAAACUAAACAAAAACGCGUUUAUUAAUUCUAUUAAUUCCUUUGGAUGAAUAUACAUUAAUUUUAAACAACUCCUUGUUAUCUCAUUAAUAUAAUUUUAUUAGUUAAAUUGAAUAUAUUUUUUAUUGAUUUGAUAAUUUUAUGUGGCAAAAAGGGAUGUGGUUAUUAUUAUACUUUAAUUGUAAUUUAAUGUCAUCAACUGCUAUAACUAACUAUGACAUAGUAAUAAAGUUCGCAUGUAAAAGUGUAGUUAAACUGAAAUAGGCUUCUUGUUGGCUUCCCAGCGUUAAAGAUUAUUCCGUUUUAAUAAUUAUUGUAUCCCAAAAAUAGAACCUCGUAAAUUCGUUACAGACUGUGCGUACUAAAUUUCAACGCAACUUGUUUAGCAGAUUCGGAGCAAACUGGGCGUGAAUGUCGGUUCGACGUACUUAUAGAAGUUUUAGUACCCAUGGUAGAACAUUUAUUAAAUUUGAAUCAACCACAGAUCUGUACAUACUUAAGGACCUACGUCGUGUAUUUAUAUUUUAGAUCUGCAUUUGAAAGAUUCUCAUGUAGUCAUACUUCGCAUUCCAACAGAAAUUCUACAUAUUAAUAAGUACCUGCAUCCACCAAAAGUGAUAUUUAUUGUUUGCAGUUUUAAUUACAUGCAUUUGUAAAAAAGAUAUAUUUUACGUACUUACCUGAAUUAAUUAUGUUUAACUACACUAUACGUAGGUAUUAUACAUCAAAUUAUUCGAAUAUUCGCGAAUGAAAUAGUACUAGAUGGUUAAUGUUAAACACAUCUAUGGGUAGGAUGCUUAACCUUGCUUACAUAAAGGCAAAAUUACAAAUAAUUAUGAAGACUGGUUCGAUUGUGUUGUGUAUUUAUUUCAAGUAAAUAAAGCAAUCGGUGAUCAUAAAGCAUAAUGUAUUUGUAUAGUAAACAUAUAUUUUUAUA